AAGAUUCCACGCAACAUGACAUACGACGACUCCAAUAUUUAUAUGUAGCUGUCAGCGCGCUCUCUUCUUCAAUUUCAAAUUCGAGCCCCGUUGAGAAUUCUUUUCGCCAUUCACCCACCACCCCAAAUCUUCUCCCUCGCUCCUCUUCCCAAGAGCGGGCUAACCCUAAUCAAAUUCAAACUCGAAAUACCAAUCCCGCAGAUUCACAGGAACCAUCGCACUUUUUUUCCCAGAAAAAAUAUUGGGUUUUUGUGAGUGAAGCCAAAGCUGAAAUCUUUAAUUUGAAUUGUGUGGGAUGGGUAAUUAAUGGACGAUAAAUGUGGCAUUGCUGAUAUGUCUCCAAGGGUCAUGGUUGGGCAGAAGAGAGGAAUUGCAGAAGUGGAAGAAAGAUCUCAGCUUUCUAACAGGAAGGUGAAAAUGAGGGAUCUAGAAUCUGUGUUUCGCUCUGAAGAAAGAUGUGGAAUCGAAAAUGUAGGUGUUGUGGCUGGGGAACCGCUUGAUCUUAUUGCGACUGUUGGUGCUUCGAGCGUUGCAGUUAGUAGUUCUUCUGCAGCGUGUGUUGAUGAAGAAGCUAGAAGAGAGGGUUUGUGUAAGAUGGACGGGACGGGGCACGAGUCUGAUUCGGGGAAGCCGAGAGGAUUGGGUGUAGAUCUAAACGCGGAAGAUGUUUCUAGCUCGAUCAAUCAUGCUGCUUUUAGUUAUCCCCAAAAAGACGGUGGAUGUGUGAAAUCGAGUGAUGAUUUUGAAUGUGCAAGCUCUGUUGGACCGACGGAGGAGAGGGAUUCGUUGAAGGUGUGGAACGAAAUGAAACAGAAUGGUUUUCUCUCGUAUUCUCAUGGAGGUGUGCCGAUACCGAAGGCGAAUGGGAGGAAGAGUAAAAACGAUGGGAUGAAGAAGAAGAUGGAACUCGCAAAGAAAGAACGAGUAGAUAGGUUUGCAAAGAUUGCUGCGCCUACUGGGUUGUUAAACGGGUUGAACCCCGGGAUCAUUAACCAUGUGAGAAACAGCAAACAGGUUCAUUCCAUAAUCGAAGCCCUCGUGAGAUCCGAGAAACACGAAAACCGUCGUGCUGGAGGCAAACACGCAAGCCAACCAAAAAGCGGGGAACGAAAGGAGGUAGUAGAAUUAGAAAGUCAGUGUGGUGCAGGGAUAAACCGAUCCAAUUCUUGUUAUCAAGAAGGAUAUUCCAACACUUUGUCAUCAAGCGGGCAUAUCAUAAACCGAUCUAUCUCUUUGAACUCGGAGUUCACAGGAGCAGGUGGCGGGGAUUUUUGUAUGACUGAGGCAAAGGUUUCCGAACUCCCAAACGCUUGCAUGGACUCUAAGGACGAUGUUCUUGCAUUGAAAUUGUCAUCAGCCACCGCUAUCGUCUCAGAUAACACAAGCUCGUUAUCUAACGAUGAAUCUGCAAACCUUACUAGCGUUAAUUCACUCUCUGUCAAAGCUGCCAAUGUGGCUUCGCAAUGGUUGGAAUUGCUCCAUCAAGACAUCAAAGGGCGUCUUGCAGCAUUGAAACGCAGUAGGAAGAGAGUCCGGGCUGUUAUUCAGACAGAAUUUCCUUGCCUAGUCUCGAGAGAAUUUUCUUCUAAUCAAGAAAACGAGCCAUAUAGCUCCCAAGGUUCGAUUACUGCAGAUGCGCAUCAUGCUAGAUGGAGUUCUUUGUUCGACCAGAUGGAUCGUGCUUUAUCCGAAGAAGAGAGACAGCUGGAAUGUUGGCAGAAAGAAGUGCGAGAAAUGCAGCUGCAAUGCGAGAAGGGCCUUGUCAAAUACAACAUGCCUUGCGUUUUGCCUCAGAUUGCUGCAUUACAAAACGACUUCAGAUUGGAGAAAGACGCGGAGAGGGAUUUAGCGGUUAGAGCUGCUGCAGCCUCCAUUUAUUCGACCUGCAGCUUCCUGUCAUCCAUGGAGAACACACCAUGUUUCUGAUCAUUCUAACCACAACUUGUCAGUGUACUGAUUCAUUAAUCUUCUAAUUUUUUUUUUUUUUUUUUUGGUGUACUUUCAAUUUCCUUUGAGUUCCAUUGGUCCUCUCAUUACUUUCUUGCAUAGCAAUCAGAGAUUUUAUUUGAGAUUUCAUUCAUUUCUCAGUACUCUUUGGCUGUAACUUGCUGUUAUUUUAGGAAAUGGUAGUUGUUGACUUGUUGUUUCUCAGUAGUUUGAGAAUUUGCAGUAACUAUUCAAUUCCUUGAAUAUAAAUGUUCUCUUACCACCA